AUGUUCGUUCCGUUGAGCGUAAAUGCUGCACCAGAAAACAAUCCGUUUCCUUUCAACAUUUCUUCGCAGAAUCAGCUGAAUGCCGAUGCCGAUCCACUUGUUUCGCAGAAUUCGGUCAGUAUUCGUUCUGCUUUGGAUGACGGACGGAAGACCGUAAGCAGGACUGGUUUUCAUCAGCUCAUUGAGAUGGUGAUCGAUGAGAAGUACUACGUGUUUCACCAAUUGCUGCGCAGUCAACGAGUGGGCGAAAACGGUACGGAACCGAACAGUCGUGAAUCUCUGUUAGAACACGUCGCUAGCAAAAUCGACCUUGUUCUUCGUAAUGUUGUGCUUCACGAUGGAUUCGUCAGUGGCUAG